AUGUACAGAGAGUGGGCAGUGGUGAAUAUUUUCGUGAUGUUUUAUGUGCAGCUGGUGCAGGGCUCCAGUAAUGAACAUGGACCAGCGAAGCAGUCAUCUCGGUCAAUGUUAGAACGAUCUGAACAGCAGAUUAGGGCUGCUUCUAGUUUGGAGGAACUGCUGCGAAUCACGCACUCUGAGGACUGGAAGCUGUGGAGAUGCCGGCUGAGACUCAAAAGUUUCACCAGUAUGGACUCUCGCUCAGCAUCCCAUCGGUCCACCAGGUUUGCGGCAACUUUCUAUGACAUUGAAACCCUAAAAGUUAUAGACGAAGAGUGGCAAAGAACCCAAUGCAGCCCUAGAGAGACGUGCGUGGAGGUCGCCAGUGAGCUGGGGAGGAGUACAAACACAUUCUUCAAACCCCCUUGUGUGAACGUGUUCCGGUGUGGCGGCUGCUGCAACGAAGAGAGCCUCAUCUGUAUGAACACGAGCACCUCGUACAUUUCCAAACAGCUCUUUGAGAUAUCAGUGCCUUUGACAUCAGUACCUGAAUUAGUGCCUGUUAAAGUUGCCAAUCAUACAGGUUGUAAGUGCUUGCCAACAGCCUCUCGCCAUCCAUACUCAAUUAUUAGAAGAUCCAUCCAGAUCCCAGAAGAAGAUAGAUGUACUGACCGUUCUCAUAUCCAGGAAUCGGCUCUCUGUGAGUCACACAUGAAGUUUGACGAAGAUCGUUGUGAGUGUGUCUGUAAAACACCAUGUCCCAAGGAUUUCAUCCAGCACCCAAAGAACUGCAGUUGUCUUGAGUGCAAAGAAAGUCUGGAGAGCUGCUGCCAGAAGCACAAGCUAUUUCACCCAGACACCUGCAGCUGUGAGGACAGAUGUCCUUUUCAUACCAGACCAUGCACAAAUGGAAAACCAGUGUGUGCAAAGCAUUGCCGCUUUCCAAAGGAAAAAAGGGCUUCCCAGGGGCCCCACAGCCAAGAAAAUCCUUGA